UACAAACAUUACCUUACCUACCUACAUACGCGGCCAUACCAAAACUGAAUCAGAGGGGCAAUAUCGCCUUAACUUCCCUGUCUAUAUAUUCUCUGCUUCUCCCAGCUAGUAAUUCUUCUCCGUUAACAGCUCUAGGAUGAAGAGUUAUUGAACCCGUCACGCCGAAAGCUAGACUUGCAGCUGUCUUUGUCUCCAAUCGUCAAGGGCUAAGAGAUGGCGCGCCUACAACCCAAGACGUCUGUUGCGCCUGAGAGGCUCAAGACUCUCUUGCCUUCUCUGAAGCCGACCAUUUACCACGACCCAAGCGCGAAACAAGUUGCAAAUAACAUCCGCACCAUCGCCUGGAAUCCCUUAGGGACGUACAUCGCUACAGGCUGUUUAGACAAAACUCUGCGCGUCUGGAAUGUGGACAAGCCCAAUGUCCGCCAAACAACGGAGCUGAAGGGCCACGCGGCGUCAAUCGAAAAAGUGGCCUUCAAUCCUGUGAAGGAGCAUGAGCUGUGUAGCGUAAGUAGUGACGGUGUGGUUAGAUUUUGGGAUGUGAAGAUGAAGCAAGUCUUGAAUGAGGUUAAAGGUUUAGGAGAGACCUUUACCCUGGCUUGGGCACCUCAUGGCGAAUACGUCGUUGUCGGAAACAAGGAAGAUAAAUUGUUUGUCAUUUCGCCGUCUCAGGACUCGCCAAUCUCUUCACACCAGCAGCCUGUGCAGACGAACAACAUCGUAUUCUGUUGGAGUGGCCAGAGGGUUUUCGCCACUACCGGUGAUGGAAAGACAAGAAUCCUCUCAUUUCCCGAUUUCGAGCCCGCAUAUCAAUUCAGCUAUAAGGAAGGAUCAGAGGCCGAGUUCAUGUUAGCUGGGCAUACCUCAUCUUGCAUAGCGGUUGAGCUCCAUCCAUUCAAUCGCUAUUUAGCUACGGGUGGGACGGACUCCCUCAUCUCACUCUGGGAAACAGCGGAAUGGAACUGUGUUAGGACGGCUACUAAAAUGACCGGCCCAGUUCGAAGCCUGAGUUUCUCUUGGGAUGGCCUCUACAUCGUAGGUGGAAGCGAUGAAGGAUCUGGCCUAGAGGUUUUCAACUCAGAAACGGGUGAGCAUCUUUGCACAUACAAGACCACCACGCCUUCUCCAAUCGUCGCCUGGGCACCGAAUCGAUAUGCGCUCGCGUUUGCGGAUUCUGGAAGUCUUCGCGUAAUAGGAGCCAGCGCUGGGGGGAAGUAGGAUAUCCCCGAGGUCAGCCUUUACGACAUUUCGGACGAAAGCAUAUGAAGCUUUCUAGGGCAAUGACGCAGCACGAACCACGGCUAGGAUUCCAUUCAUCUACAGGGCAAGUUGCGGGGCAGUUAGAUUCAAGCACGGAACACUCUCGUCUUCGUUUCGCGUUGCUGCUGUGGCUUUGGAAUUCUUCAGAGCCAUCCGGUGGGAUAGCUUGGGGUUGAUGUGGCCAGCAUUGGCGCUCAGCCCGUUUUGGACUCUUCGACCGUCCCGGCCACUUAUUCUCCGCGAUAGGAACUUCUUCUCCUGCAACCGAGACACGAUCAUCAUCCGAGCCGCGGCCCCAGGUGAAUAUAUCACGCUUAGAAACGUCGAGGCAUGGUGUAUGAUGAGCUUAUGGGUCUAGAGGGGUGUGUGUGACCCCCAUACCUGUGUAUUUAACUAGGCCUGCGAGGCAGAGGGCGUAUCACAUGAACAUGUCAGCUCUGUGAGGUCAACCGAGUGAUUGGCGCAAUUAGGUGCCCUUUGACGUUUUCAGCAGGUAGGCUCUACGACGUAGGUACUGGUAUCUGGCAUGGGCCAUGCAUCAGCCCCAGGAUUCGUUCAACUCGUCGCAUACACGGCAUUUUAGGAGGUGUGCCUCCAUUUAGGUGGCUGCCUUAGGAGACAAAUCGCAUCCCGUCAACACA